UCAAAAAUGCCAGCUGAAGAAGUACAACUCGAAGACGCUCAAGUAGAGACUCUCGUUAGCUUGAAGAAGGAGUCAGAAGUCUCCGCAUGGAAGGCUCAAAACGAGCACCACAAGAUUUUCAAGCCAUACUUUGAAAAGCGUGACGAGGAGCUCAAGGCUAUCCCACAAUUCUGGCCUAUUGUCUUCCGUAACCACAGCUUCUUGAGCGUUUCAACAGCAGCACCAGGUGAUGCUGAUGCUCUUAAAGCUCUCGAAUCCAUCUCAGUUCAAAGAAACGAGAAGGACAGCAGAGAAUUCUCAAUCACAUUCAACUUUGCUGAGAAUGAAUUCUUCUCUAACAAGUCUUUCACUAAGGCUUACUCAGUCGUUGGUGAUAAGAAGGACACACCAACUGCUGAUGACAUUAUCAACUUUGACCCAGAACGCGACCUUACUACCACCAAGGUCGAAAUUGACUGGAAAUCUGAGGAGAAAAACUUAGUCAAGAAGCACCCACGUACUCUUGACCCAGACAAUGAAGAUGUUGACGCAGCUGGUGACCCAGGCUCAUUCUUCAACUUCAUCGCUGAGGAGAAGGAUGUUCUUGACAUUGGUCCAAUCAUCGCUGAGGAAGUCUACCCUAACGCUAUUGACGUCUUUAUGGGACUCGAGGAUGGUGUCAUGGAGGACUCAGAUGAGGAAGAGGAUGAUGAGGAAGAUCCAAACGCUGAGAUUGACCUUGAGGCACCAGAAAAGAAGAAGCAACGUAAGAACUAAUUGCUAAAUGAUUUAUUGUUAUUUUAUAUUAUGAAUACCUUUAUUAUAGCUGU